AUGGCUGACGCGCAUAUAGACCUUGAUGUUUUGAAGAGCUCCGUGAGGUUUCACGUAACCGGACCAAGACGGAAUUCUGUCACCAGAUUCGAAAUUGUGAAGGCACUCCUUGAUGGCGGUCUCGUUCCCAAAAACCUGAAGUCGGUGUUCCGUUGCGAAGCUCCUAACUCCUGGUUUGCCACAGUUGCCUCCGAAAGCGAUGUCAAUAACAUAGUUGAAGCAGGUGUCAUUGAAAGGGAACACUUUGCCCUCCAUCCGGAUCCAUGUGACCGGCGAAGGCUCACUAUCCGUGUGCAAUGGCUGCCCUCAUGGAUGUCGGAUGACGCCAUAGCUGACCUUUUCGAUGGUUUCUACGGAAAGGUGGUGUCCGUCGAGCGAGAGAAGAUGGCCAUUGGAAAAGUCUCCCUGGAAACCGGCACAAGAGUGAUGACAUUGAUUAUACGGGAGGGUGAACAGGACGUUAUCCCGCAUCGAAUGCGAAUGUUCGGGAGGACUGCCCUUAUUGGUCGACCUCCCAUAUGUUUGCGUUGCCAGCAGAUAGGGCACGUGCGGUCGCAGUGUCCAGAGAGACCAGAGCCGACGACUCGGGCUACCUACGCAAAGGUAAUCCAGUGUACGGCUCCUCUUCCACCGCCGACGUCCCAUUCAGAGGGUGAAACUUCCAUAGGCCCUAAGGAUUCGAAAAGGAGUGGUGCCACCGUGAGCCUCUCGCCCGGAGGGCGCGGUCCUUUUCCUACCGCGACGCCUGGAGAGAGCGAUCCUGCCGCGAGCUCCUCAACCGGAGGGAGCAGUCCACAAGGUUCGGCGACCACAAAGCGGUCUGGCCCCGACACGGAUGAUGGGUUUCAGAUCAGCAAGAAGGGGAGGCAUUCGUCGUUUUCGCCGGCUAUUCUUUCCAAUGGGGACUUAGUUCCGGGUCAGCAGGUCUGUGAGGGAGAUAGUGUCUCGGACAUGUCUGAGGACAACCUGAUCAUCGAUGAGGACCUGGAGUAA